AUGCUCGGCGCCGGCGCGGCGGCCGACGCGCCGGAACCGCCGGUCGUCUUCUUCGCGCACGGCUGCGCCAUGAAUGCGGGCGCCUGGCGCGGCGCGCUCGCGGCCCUGCACGCGGCGCUCUGCGACGGCGGCCGGCGGCUCGAGGCCGUCGCCGUGGACCUGCCGGGCCACGGCCGGAGCCCCGCGGCGCCCGUGGCGCCGGCCGGCGGCGGCGCGCCGCCGGGCCCCGACGGCGGCGGCGGCGGCGCCUGGCGCGGCGUCGCGCGGGCGCUGCUCGACGUCCUGGGCGAGGUCGCGGGCGACCGGCCCGUGCUCGGCGUCGGCCACAGCUUCGGGGCCGUGUGCCUGCUCCUCGCGGCCGUCGACGCGCCCGGCCGCUUCGCGGGGCUCGCGCUCUUCGAGCCCAUCGUCGCCGCGGCGGGCCACGACGCCGCCGCCGUGGCGGGCGACGCCCAGUGCCUCGCGGCCCUGGCCCGCGCGCGGCACGAGAAGCUCCGCGCGGCGCCGGACCUCCGGGCCGCGCUGCGGUCGACGCUCUGCGCGGGCUGGGACCCGGCGACGGCGCGCGCCUUCCUCGACCGCGGC